AUGAAUGGACUUGGAUCCUUCCCCUACCUUCGCUGAAGCCUUUUAUUUGACAGAGGGGUUUUGAUACACUCCCUGAACAGCAUUACAGUGUUAACAGCACAUGAGCAUAUUACUGCAGGUGGAGAGGCCAUGAAUGAAAACAAAUUUCUGAACACAGACUCCAGCACAGGAUCAGUGGAAACAACCGUCAAGCCAUUACCAUUUAAAGAUCCAAAUUUCAUCCACUCCGGCAUUGGUGGAGCAGCAGCUGGCAAGAAGAACAGAACUUGGAAGAACCUGAAACAAAUUCUUGCUUCUGAAAGGGCAUUGCCAUGGCAACUAAAUGAUCCUAGCUAUUUUAAUAUUGAUGCUCCUCCUUCCUUUAAGCCUGCCAAGAAAUAUUCGGACAUUUCAGGACUUCCGGCAAAUUACACAGAUCCCCAGAGCAAGCUGAGAUUUAGUAACAUUGAAGAAUUUGCCUAUAUUAGGAUGCUCCCUUCAGACGCUGUUACAGGAUACCUGGCUCUAAGGAAAGCAACAAGUAUUGUUUCUUGA